AUGGGAUUUGAAUUGAAUAUUUUUGAAGAAAACAAUGAUACUGACCAGAUGAGUCCGAUAGAGAACGUACUUCCAGAUUUGGUUGACGUUGUUUCUCAAGAAAAUGUCGUCUUAAGAAACAAACCAGACAGGUCACGUGAUCUCUUUGGCGUUCAACUCGAGGUGACGAGCCUUCUUUUGGAGGCAGAACGACGAAAACUGACAGUUCUUCAAAAAGAACUUCAACAAGCUCUGGAAGAAGGGGGCUCGAUCAAAGCCAAGGAACAUCAAAAACAAGAACUUCUUUUAGCCAUAGCGCGUAUACAGGCGCAACACGAUCUCUUGGAUAAAGAGUACAGAGAACAUGCUCUAGGAGCGCUGCUGUCUGCGAAUACGCGGGGAUCCGGAAAGAAAAUUCGUCUCACCCUAGAUUGA